UCCUGGGGCGGUUGCUGGGGAAACGUUUGUGGGCCACACUUCCGGUCGCCCACUACGCGUCGCGCCACAGCUGUGUUUUUACCUGAUCAGCUGGCAGGCUAUUCACAUCACUCGCUCUGUCACUGAAUAAACUGAUGGCUUUAAAAAGCUCGGGAACAACGUGUGCCGUUCGAGGAUGUACUAACAACCAGACGAAACUAAAUAAUUGGUUGAAAUGAGUGUUUUGACCACAAGCCGAAAAAUAAAGCAGAGUGUUCGUGCCCGAAAUGGUACAGCUUCCAUCGACUGCCCAAUGAUGAAGAGGCUAAAAGAAAUUGGCUGAAGAACCUGAACUUAAAACAACCUCCGAAAUGUUGUUAUGUCUGUUCGUUUCAUUUUGUGGACAAAGCGCCAACGGAAGAAAACCCUUACCCAAUGCUUUAUCUGGGUUAUGAGAAGCCACCUGAGAAGAAACGCCGAAGAGUCGUCAGGAUGAGUGUUGACAGUCAAGUCGCAACAACAACAGACCAAGCUGUGAUGGUGUUCGAGCAGCCUCAAACCUUCAAGGAUGCCCAAACACAGUGGAUGGAUCCAGCUGAGGAGGACCAUACCUACUCUAAAGGAUCCAUCCUUAUAUGUGACAUGGUCAUCACACCUGCCCCUGAGAUCUCAAUGUCCAUUGCAGAGGUUACACUGAAAGGUGAUAAAGACUGUCUGCUGUACACAGGGAUUCCUCCUGUCUACAAGGUUUUGUGCGCCAGUCAUCAACAAUGCCAGCUCAAGAUGAAGUUUUGUUAACACUCAUGAAGCUCAGACAUAACUUUGCUGUAGCUGAUUUAGCGAGGCGCUUUAAAGGAUCAGCCAGUCAGGUCAGUAAAACACUUACGCAUUGGGUUGAUAUCCUUGCUGAGCACACCAGGGACCUCAUUCCAUGGCUGCCCCGUGACACUAUAAAAGCAACUAUGCCAAAGGUUUUUCUGCCACAUUUCUCUGAUUUAACUUGCAUCAUUGACUGCACAGAGAGUGUUCUGCAAAAAGCCAAAAACUUAGACUCGCGCUCAGAGUCUUACAGCCAUUACUAUGCAAGUAACACUGUUAAGUACCUUGUUGCCAUUGCUCCAUCAGGGAUGCUGAUGUUUAUUUCAGAGGCUUUUGGUGGGAAGUGUAGUGACAGGUAUAUUACACAGAACUCAGGGUUUCUUGAUUUUGUACGUCCUGGUGAUGUGGUGAUGGGGGACCGUGGUUUCACAAUUAGAGAUCUUGUUGAGGAGAGGAGGGUAAGGCUAGUCAUACCUGCGUUUACACGCAAACGCAGCCAGCUAACCAAUGAGCAAGUGACUCAGAUGAGACGGAUAGCAAAUGUACGCAUUCAUGUGGAACGGGCUAUAAGGCGUCUCAAAGUGUUCAAGAUCCUGUCACAAACCGUGCCAAUAAGCUUAGUUCCUAAAAUUGAUAAAAUACUUAAGAUUUGCGCAGCUCUCAUAAAUCUGAGAGGAGAGCUUAUCUCCAGCAAUUAAU